AUGUUUAACUCGGUGAAUCUGGGCAACUUCUGCUCCCAGACUCGCAAAGACCGGACAUCCGAGUUUGGGGACAGGACGGGCUGUGCGUCUAACAUCUACCUCCCCAGCUGCACCUACUACGUCCCAGAGUUUUCUGCCGUCUCUUCGUUUCUUCCGCAGGCCCCGUCCCGGCAAAUCAGCUAUCCUUAUUCCACUAACCUCUCCCAAGUGCAGCCAGUACGAGAAGUGUCCUACGGCUUGGACCCUACCAGUAAAUGGCACCACAGAAGCAAUUACGCAUCGUGCUACUCGGGAGAAGACCUGGUGCAUAGGGACUGUCUUCCACAAUCCACCAUGACAGAAAUGCUUAUGAAGAACGAGAGUGUAUACAGCCACCACCAUCACCAUCACACCCACCCCGGCUCCAAUCAUCCCUCCACUGGAUUUUAUUCCGGUGUUGGAAAAAAUAACGUCCUCCCGCAAGGUUUCGACCGCUUUUUUGAGAGCGCGUACUGCGGCGCCACGGACAAUCAGUCAGACAAUUGUUUACAAAAAAGCGAGGGGGCGAAGCUGGAGAGUGACUCCCAACAGCAGCAGCCUCCAAACUCUGUAGCCGGAGCCGCGGAGCAGGACAAGGAGCGAGACAAUGAGGAGGAGCAUUCAGCCUCUUGUGCGUCUUCUGCCGCAGCGACCAAGGACGCGAGCCCCAGCAAGAGCAGUCACUCCAGCGCUCCUCGAACAAGAAAGAAGCGGUGCCCAUAUUCCAAGUUUCAGAUCCGAGAACUUGAGCGAGAGUUCUUUUUUAAUGUUUACAUCAACAAAGAGAAAAGGCUCCAACUUUCCCGAAUGCUGAACCUCACCGACCGCCAGGUUAAAAUCUGGUUUCAAAAUAGAAGAAUGAAAGAGAAGAAAUUAAGCAGAGAUCGCCUCCAGUAUUUUUCUGGAAACCCCCUUUUUGUUGGUUGCUUCGAAGCAUUGGGAGGAACUUGUCCCAUACAUGGCCCUGCUGGUUGUUGCGCCUUUAGUCCACAUGGUGGCAGUCUUGCUCCACCGAAAAGCCACUCACCGCCCAACUUGACCGGGCUGACGUCACCAAGCGGCGUCAAAGAGGAGGCGUUCUGUUGCUUUUAUCAGAGCCGCUGUGGCAAUAAGGAAAGGCAGACAACAGACUCGACUGCUUACAUCCGGCUGGGAGACAAUAGCCGCAGGCCUGAGCAGAGUGUCCACACACAGAACCAGGCCAGGCCGCAGCAGGACAGCCAGCAGCAGCUUCCCUCCAGCUUCUCCUCUCUCAGCCACCUGGCUGGUGGUUCUGCAGACGAGGAAACAGACAUUAGUUGCAGCAAACCACCGGAAAAAACACGAGAUGUUUUACAAAUAGCUCCACUACAGUGUGAGAGCACAAGGGACGAAGCAGUAAAGACUGACAACUGCUCUGAUAACUCGGACGGAGAAUUAAAAGAUGACAUGAAAGCGGCAUGCGGGAGCUGGUUAAUAGCCAAAAGUGGACGAAAGAAGCGCUGCCCGUACACAAAGCAUCAGACGCUGGAGCUGGAGAAGGAGUUCUUGUUCAACAUGUAUCUGUCUCGGGAGCGCCGCCUGGAGAUCAGCCGCAGUAUCAACCUGACCGACAGACAGGUCAAGAUCUGGUUCCAAAACAGACGCAUGAAGCUUAAGAAGUUAAGCAAGGACAGUCAAGAAAGAGUGCAUUUUUACAACUUUACUUGA